GCUUCUUACUGGUGGAAGGUUAUUAAAUUCCCAGCACAGACUGGCUAACUCUGAUCACUCAAGGCAUCUCUCAGCACAAGAACUCACUGGAAGCAGGGUCUCUUUUGGGUCACCGGUUCAGCCCAGCUAGCUUGAUCUGAGUGUGUUGAGUGACACCGCCAGCAUGACCAAAAGCACUGGGGAGAAGCCGCGGUCACGCAAUCGCGUGCAGCAGAUCCGAGAGGGAAUUCACCUGCGUUCCCUAAAGGCAAGGAAGAAAGUGGAGGACAUCACUAAAGAUGACGUGAAGAGCUUUCUGAGAAGAAAUGCUUUUGUGCUCCUCACCAUUGGAGCCGUGGUCUUUGGUAUCAUGAUGGGUUUUGCUCUGAGGUCAUACAAGAUGUCAUACAGAGAAGUGAAGUAUUUCUCCUUUCCUGGUGAACUAUUGAUGCGUAUGCUGCAGAUGUUAGUGCUUCCUCUUCUAGUCUCAAGUUUGAUUACAGGCAUGGCAGCAUUGGACAGUCGCGCCUCUGGAAAGAUGGGCAUGCGUGCAGUUAUAUACUAUAUGACCACCACUUUCAUCGCAGUGUUUAUCGGCAUCAUUAUGGUUCUGAUUAUCCACCCGGGCAAAGGCUCAAAGGAUGAAUUCACCAAACAGCAGAAGAUCGAGCAGGUCAGCCCAGCUGAUGCCUUCCUUGACCUCAUCAGAAACAUGUUUCCUCCUAAUCUGGUUCAGGCCUGCACUCAACAGUUCAAGACCCAAUAUAGCAAGAGGAUCAUUCACGUGAAGAUGAUCGUGAACGAUUCGAUAUUCAACCUAACUAAUGCCACCCAGGAGAUUGCCCAAGAGGAAGUGAUCCCUCUCCCGGGCACCACCAACGGGGUUAAUGCCCUCGGGCUGGUGGUGUUUUCAAUGUGCUUCGGCUUGAUCAUUGGGAAUAUGAAGGAACAGGGACAGGCUCUCAGAGACGUCUUCGACUCCCUCAACGAGGCCAUCAUGCGACUUGUUGCUAUUAUUAUGUGGUAUGCACCAAUUGGUAUCCUCUUUCUGAUUGCUGGAAAAAUCGUGGAGAUGGAUGACAUCACUGAAAUGGGCGGUCAGCUCGGCAUGUAUACGAUUACAGUAAUAAUUGGCCUCAUGAUACAUGGCAUGAUCAUUCUACCGACUUUGUACUUCGUCAUCACACGGAAAAACCCCUUCAUCUUCAUCACGGGUUUGCUGCAGGCCCUCAUCACGGCUCUCGGCACCUCUUCCAGCUCAGCCACUCUUCCGGUUACCUUCAAAUGCCUUGAGGAGAAUAACAAAGUCGACAAACGAGUGACUCGAUUCGUGCUGCCUGUUGGAGCAACAAUCAACAUGGAUGGAACAGCGCUGUAUGAAGCCCUGGCAGCCAUCUUUAUCGCCCAGGUUAACAACAUGGAAAUGAACCUUGGGCAGAUCUUAACCAUUAGCAUCACAGCGACUGCUGCAAGUAUCGGGGCGGCCGGAAUCCCUCAGGCUGGUCUGGUCACCAUGGUGAUUGUGCUGACCUCUGUCGGACUCCCAACCGAUGACAUCACCCUCAUCAUUGCAGUUGAUUGGUUCCUGGAUCGACUUCGCACAACAACUAACGUCCUGGGAGACUCUAUAGGAGCUGGAAUCAUAGAGUUCCUGUCCAAAGAUGAGCUUCAGAACAGCGAUGUGGAGUUGGGGAGCUCAGUCCUGGAGGAGAAUGAAGUGAAGAAACCUUAUCAGAUGAUCCCUCAGGAGAACGAGUAUGAGAACGAGAAACCGCCAGACAGCGAGACCAAGAUGUAGAGGCUGCAUAUUCAACCCCCAACCAAGGAUUUUUUGCGUGCUUGCGUUUAUAUAUGUACAGUGGCCCCAAAAAUAUUUGAAGACUUAAAAUACACUGUUAAGAAUUGUAAGAAUUGAAUUGCUUUUAAUUAGCAAAUAUCUAAAUAAAUGGCAUUUAUUUUAAAGAAAUCUAGUACAAGCAUGCUAUUUAAGCAAAACACAAAGUAUUUGGACACUUUCUGGUUGUCAUAUUUUGAAUAAUGUUUGUAAUUAGGGAUAUGAACUAUACUCGACUACAUACAUUCACAAAAAAAUUAUUUAAAAAGUGAAGUUAGUU